GAUCUCCCUAUCAGACCUUCCAUCUCUUGGGCAACAUGAUGCAGAUCUAUUUGUCAUAUACUAUUGUGCAGUAGUAUAAAGGGCAAAAAGUUGCUCAGACCAGAUAGCUUCUUUGCUAUUGAUUCUCUGAAGCUCCUUUGCAUUUGUGUUUGACCAAAAAAUCUAAAUGAAAGGAUGGGAAGUAUUCCAGUGCCUUGUUUUUGCUUGACAGUGUGAAGUUGUUAAGAAAAUAGGAAAUUAAGAAAAGAAAAAAUUCUAUAGUUUGCUUUUUUAUAUGUAUCCUCCAGGUGGUGUUGGCACUGAAUGAGACUCUGAUGCAGCAGGAGAGCCUGCGAGUGACAGGGAUGCCGUUGCCUUCAAGCAGUUAUUCUCACUCUACUGAAGACCUGAUUCAGCAUUACAACUGUGGGGACCUGGAUGCAGCCCUGUUCAAGCAUGACACCACCCAGAUGCCUCCACUCAGAGGCCAUGAAAUGUCUCAAACCAUGGAUAAAUAUUUCCGCCAGGAGCUAAUAGAGAAGAGGAACAAACGAAUGGGCCUGCGAGUCCUCGAUCUCCUCAAAACCUAUCCCAAUCACAGUUUUUUUUUCGCCUUUGGUGCUGGUCACUUCUUGGGGAAUCAUACUGUAUUAGAUAUUGUAAAGGCCGGUGGCUUCCAAGUGGAACAAAUCCCAAGACAUUGGAAGUUAAAAGGGGAAUGGAGGGAGAAGGAGAAAAUAGUGCCCAGUGUAACGGCAUUGAGAGACUUUAGUGUGACGGUGAGAGGAUCCUUACAACUUCAAGGAUCUGCCCACAUCCCUCAGCCCCCUCCCUCCCCAUCACCCAGGGUACCCAAUCGAAGUGUCCACGAUCUCUGGGUCAGACUACCUCCCAAUUGGCUGGAGAGGAAAGAGGAGUGGAAGAAUGACUGGAUGAGCAACAAAAGCAGCAGCAUAACUCACAGUAGCUUUAUCUUGAUAAAGCUCAUGUUCAUGAUGAGUGCUGCAUCGUUCUCCAAAUCUCAUUUUAUGAUCUUGUGAUACUAGACUCAAGACUCAAAGUGGAGAGACUUGUGUCUUCUUGUGUGCAUUUUGACUGCCUUACUCAGGUUACAUACCUCAUUUUCAAAAAUUGCCAUAAUUUUUGUUUGCUUGUUCUUUUAUGUUCUUAAAAAGAAAGACCUAUGAUGUGACGACUUUUCCCACCAGUAUUAAGAAAAUAAGAUACAAAUAAAGAUGCUGAC